UUUUAUUAGUUGCUUCUCUCAGCGAUCAUGUCUGAAACCGCGCCUGCUGUUGCUGUUACGGCCGCGGCUCCAGCCGUAACUUCGAAAGCUCCGGCGAAGAAGGCGAAGAAAGCGGGAGCGGCGAAAGCACGCAAGGCGUCGGGUCCCAGCGUCACCGAGCUGAUCACUAAGGCGGUGGCCGCUUCCAAGGAGCGCAAAGGGGUGUCUCUGGCUGCCCUGAAGAAAGCUUUGGCCGCUGGGGGCUACGAUGUCGAGAAGAACAACAGCCGCAUCAAGCUGGCUCUGAAAAGCCUGGUAAGCAAAGGCACCCUGGUGCACACGAAGGGAAUCGGUGCUUCCGGCUCCUUCAAGCUCGGCAAGAAAUCGGGCGAAGGGAAAGAGAAAGCGCCCAAAAAGAAGGCAGCUAAGCCUAAGAAGCCGGUUGCGAAGAAGCCCGCGAGUGCCGUCAAGAAGCCCAAAAAGGCAGCGGCGGCCAAGAAGAGUCCGAAGAAACCCAAAAAGCCCGCGGCGGCUAAGAAGGCCACCAAGAGCCCCAAAAAGGCUAAACCGGUCAAGCCUAAGAAAGUCGCCAAAAGCCCGGCUAAAGCGAAGGCUGUGAAGCCGAAGACUGCCAAGCCCAAGGCCAAGCCUAAAGCGACCAAAGCGAAGAAAGCGGCGCCCAAGAAGAAGUAAAUCCGGAGUUGGUCCGUGGUUGCUUUUCUAAAAACCCAAAGGCUCUUUUAAGAGCCACCCACAGAAUCUAAAAGAGAGCUGUCGUCCGCUCAGUAAAAAACUGUUCGGAUGCUUUUAAUACCCUGAAACAAAGUAACAAUGCAGUGUAGCUUGCGUGGAAUGAAUCCUGAACACUAGGGCAUCAUUCUUUAGCUUUCAGGGGUGUUAUUGAGCUUCGGGGCAAGUAUACUUAAGAUCAGAGCUCUAUAUACACAAGUAGACAGACGAAUCAUUCUGAAAAGCAUGGGGAGGGAGCGGGGAUGAUACGUCUGCAUUUGGUUAGGAAGAAGUGGGCAAUAAAUGCCACCCGAGUGGGUAUUUUCAUUAAUAAAGGUGCACGGCGUCGGGCUUUCACUUGCUAAAGGAAGUUUUCCACUUUCAGUAGUCUCAUUUUAGGGAAUAUCUAUUAAAACGGACACGGGCGUUUAUAUCGAAAGUUCCUAUGAAAUAUGCUGAUACCGAUAUCGCAACCCUCCCAGGUUUGCUUCAAAAACCCUGAAAGUUUAAAUGAUCUCAAUAAAUAUGAAUCACGCCUUUUAAUUUAAAAAGAAGGAAAUAUGUUUUUCCCGACCGGGAAGCGGAAUGGACGCGGCAUAACUUUAAAAAUGCUUGUGAAUGAAGGUUUCGUUCGCUCAGGUUGAAUUACAGGUCUUUUUCUUCCCUAUCAAAGGGUUUUGUGCUACGCUUGUGAUAGGCUCACACUAAGACGUCAACUGAACAGCCAAUAGCCGCUCGAUGUCAAGUAAUCCAAUCAGUGGUCACUCUUUGCUCUGUUAUCCAAUAGAAAAUGUGAACCAGAAGCCUUUUAUUUGCAUGGAAGCUGGUAUGAAAUAA